CAGUCUGAAAAAGGUUGGGAACCACUGGACUAAAGGCAUCCCAGAGUUGAUGCAUGCAGGAUUGAAUGGCACAGAAGCAGCAUGCAUAUGCCAUCACUCUCAUAACUUCUGGGUGCCUCAGGAGAAGUGGGGAUAACACUUACCUGUGUCAUAGAGGACUUAUGAGGGCUGCUUCAUAUCUGCAACUUGCUUUGAGAUCUGUUGGUGGAAAGUACCUUGACAGCAUUUAUUGUAUCAGGAUAGGAAGGAAACGUCAAACCCAGAACUUUCCAAGCAUCGAUGAACUUUCAACCCCUGAAUGAACUACAUUGCCUCCUUACUGGCAUGGCCAGAGCCACUGUAUCUAGGGGCAAAAUGUUUCUGUAGUGUUGUGCAGGAUUUCAGGAGGGAGGGGAGAUGAAAGAUCUUGGGGACAUGCAGCAGGAGGAUAAAGGCUUUGUCCCACUGGACAUGAAAAAGCAGCAGGGAUGGCUUGCAAAGGUAGCUUUUCAUUCUGUGCACUGUAGCAGCCACAGCUCUUCUGUGUUCAUUAUGCCACUAUGUCACUUCCCAGCCCAUUGUCAUUUUUAAAACUCCAGCACUUACUUAGUGCCAUGCUCAUCCCUGGUCUGCUAGAGCUGGAAACAGGGCACAGGGACCAGAUAACACCACGGUAUUUCUCUAGUCUGUGUGGGAAAACAAAGCACUUGAUGGUAACUGCUGUGCAAACGUGGUGCGUCUAAUUCAUUGAACCAUAGCCGUGUUACCGUACUGGAACUUCUGACCUGUCUUCCUCAUAAAGGCUGGGCGUUGAUGCAAUGGCUGGUUUCCAUGAGAUCUUCUGUUUUCAUUCAGUUUACUCCAAGCAAGGCUGAGGUAUGAGUCAAAUGACUUCCUCUGAAGAUAUUUUGGUUCCUCUUGGCUUCACGCUUUCCCAUGAUUUAUAUAUUUUUUCUCGUUAACAAAUCACUGAAAAUAUUACUGUACAGUGAGCACGUCUUGGAGCUGAUUAAUUUUCAGUUUCACUUCCCCUGCUGCCUCCAGUUGCAUUUGGGAACACAUUAGGAAGGGGAGAAUGAGAUGCAGCAUUUUAGGAGUUUUUCUUAGCCAGAUUUUUUGAUUUUCAGUCAUGGUUAUUUCUACUGGACUUUCACAUCUGGAAGAUGCUCAGGAGAGGGGUUUGCUCCCCAUCAACACUCUUCAUGCUCUCUUUGGCCAUGCCUUUCCUGUCACAGUGCGCAGCUGGCAAGUUCAAUCCCUGCUUGGAGGUGGUUCCUGGCCUGACUUACAAAUGCAUGGAUUUGAACCUCUCCAGGGUUCCUGCUGAAAUCCCACCUUCCACCCAGAACCUAGAUCUGAGUUUCAAUCCACUGGGAUCGCUGGGCUCAAAUAACUUCGCAGCAGUCCCUGCAUUGAAGUUUCUGGAUCUUGCUCGGUGCUGCCUCCAGACAAUUGAAAAUUAUGCCUUUGAGGAUCUUUGUAACCUGUCCACCUUGAUUCUGACUGGAAAUCCCCUCCAGAACCUUGGUCCAUCAGCCUUUUUUGGUUUGACAUCCCUGCAAAGACUGAUAGCUGUAGAAACCAACAUAUUCUGUCUGGCUGACCUCCCCAUCAGACACUUACAUACCCUGGAGGAGUUGAAUGUGGGCAACAACCACAUAGAGUCUUUGACGCUACCAAAAUAUUUCACCGACCUGACCUCCCUCAGAUUCCUGAGCCUUCAAUCAAAUAGGAUCUCGUACAUCUCCAAAGGACAGCUGGACGUCCUGCAGGAAGGAAAGGGACCCUAUCUCACAUUAGUGCUCUCUUUGAAUGAUAUAAAAUACAUUCAGCCAGGUGCCUUUGAAGGCAUUCAGCUCCAGGAGCUGUCCUUGAGAGCCUGUUUUAACAAUUUCACAGUUAUGAAGGAUUGCCUCCAGGGUCUUGCUGGUUUGCAGGUCAAUAGACUCAUCCUGGGGGAGUUCCGGAAUAUUUGGAGAGUGGAGAACUUUCAAAAUGGGCUCCUGGAUGGACUGUGUCAAGUACAGAUGCAGGAGUUUGUCUUCAUCAGCUUCAAAAGGUUCCAAAAUCACACAGACACGGUCUUCGAGUGCCUUCUCAAUGUCUCCACCAUCCGAUUCGUGGACCUCUACCUCAGCCAAGUGUCAACGGUUCCUGAGUUCUCCAAAGUACAAAGCCUGGAAUGCAAACUCUGCAAGUUUAAGGAGGUUCCCGCAGUGAAGCUGUCCCUCUUCAGGAAGCUAAGAGUGCUCCGGAUUACCAAGAGCAAGUACCUCACUAACUUCCUGAAUGGCUUUAAGGAUCUGCCUAGCCUAGAAGUGCUGGAUCUGAGUGAGAAUGAGCUCAGUCUCACCAGGUGCUGCUCCUCUCAUUUGGCUGGGACCCCAAAUUUGAAGCACUUGAACCUAAGUUUCAAUGUUCUCAUUGGCUUGAAGGAACCUUUUUGCCUGAAUGGACUGUUAUCCCUGGAUUUUCAGCACUCGAUACUAAAAGACUUUGGGGUCAUGCCUCUCUUCCGCUCCCUCGCAAAUCUCACCUACCUUGACAUUUCCUACACUGGUGUUCAGAUCUUGUGCGAAUGUGUCUUUUGGGGCCUGGAAUCCCUGCAGGUGCUUAAGAUGGCUGGCAACUCCUUUAAGGACAACAGCCUGGCCAGCAACUUCAGGAAUCUAACCCAGCUGCGCACCCUGGAUGUUUCCAGUUGCAAAUUGUUGCAGGUGUCUUCAAGCACAUUUGCAGACCUCCAGAACCUGCAAGACCUCAACAUCAGCAACAACAGGUUGAAGACUCUUGACACCACGACCUAUCUGCCUCUGCAGGCCCUCACUGUCUUGGAUUUCAGUAACAACCAGCUAACAUUCCUGAUGCAUGCAGCUCUGAAGAACCUGGCAGACAGGCUGAUCCACCUGGACAUCUCUCACAACAUGUUUGAUUGUUCCUGCACCCAUUUGAGCUUCUUUGAGUGGGUCCAGAAACAGAAGCCGUUGCUUCAAAACACUGAGAUGAUGGUCUGCAGUAGCCCAGUUAACAUGAAGAAUGUGACCGUGCUGAACUUUGAUCUGUCCUACUGUCAGCUCAGCAUAAUCUUGGUGGUUGUUUCAGUGAGCAUGGCCCUUGUUGCCGUCCUGAUCAUGUUCCUGAUUUACAAGUACUAUUUCCACCUGUACUAUGCGGUAGUGCUGCUCAGUGGGUGUAAGCAUUCCUCUGAGAGGGGAGACACCUACGAUGCUUUCGUCAUCCACUCCAGCAAAGAUGUUGACUGGGUUAAAGAGGAGCUGGUGAAGACCUUAGAGGAGGGAGUUCCCCCCUUCCGCCUCUGCCUCCACUACAGAGACUUUGAGCCCGGGGUGCCCAUCGUCUCCAACAUUGUCCAGGAAGGAUUCCUGAGCAGCAGGAAGGUCAUUGCUGUCAUCUCCAGCCACUUCCUAGAGAGCCACUGGUGUAGGUUUGAGUUUGAGAUUGCCCAGUCCUGGCAGUUCGUGGAGGGGAAAGCUGGAAUCAUCCUGAUUGUCCUGGAGGAAGUGGAUAAGGCAAUGCAGCGGCGUCUGCUGGGGCUGUCCCGGUACCUGCGGAGGAACACCUACCUGGAGUGGAAGGACAAAGAGGUCAGCAAGCACAUCUUCUGGAGGCAGCUGAGGACUGCCUUGCUAGAUGGCAAAACAUGGAACCACAAAGAGGUCAGACUAAUGUGAACAGGCUACCACAGGCUUCUCCACAUCCUGUUCCUUCUCUCUCCACCUGGUUCUGGCUGAAAGUCAGUGUUACGGUGCUGGUUCUGCAGGAGGCAUGUCCCUCAAGCAGCCUGUUGGAGUUGGAGGAAUUUAAUUGGACGAGGAGAGUGGCAAAUCCUGCAAAAUGCUUGCUGUUGGGUCUGUUGCACCCUUUAAAGCAGGGGUUGGUUGGCAACCUACAGAUUGUAGGCUGGAUCCAGCUUGUGAAACCAUUGGAUCCAGCGUAUGCAUGAGGAGGUUCAGCUACAUUUGGAGGUGGGGAGUUUCGGCCAGGGGUGAUCUCCCCAUGCUGCUGUGGAGAUAAGCAGAGUUGGUUGCUGGGUCCCAGCAGCUGCUUGGCUCUAGGCAGACUUCCCCUGGGCCAAGGACCCAGGACUCCAGAGUCCCCUGUUGGGAGACAGCCAGCCAGGGUGGAUUUUCCAAGCCAUAUACUUUUGAGCUGGUAUGCCAAAAGCCCUAGGAGCCCCAGCUCUAAUUGUU